AUGUGGGUGCUGCGGGGCAAGGAGUCGGUAAUCCCUGCGCAUCCCUUCCCUUGCAGUUACCUGGCCGAGCAGUGCUGGAAUGGCGGCUUCGUCUACCUGAUCAUGUUGCGCCGCAUCAAGCGCAAAGCCCCUCUUCCUCCCUCCAACGGCAACAACAGCAACAGCUGUGACCCCAAAGCCAAGCCCAGCCCCGAACCUGGCGACAGAGCUGCUCAAAAUGGGAAAAGGACCAGGAAGUUUGGGGUCAUCACCAGAACACCGGGCAGCAAGGACAGCAAAGAAAAGCUGGCCUCGGAGCACGGGAACGGGCACUGCACCCCGAUGGAGGUGGAGGUUGCUCAGCCGGAGACCUCUGAAGCAGAAAGCAACGGAGAAGAGCAGCUUCAGGGCACCGGGGGACAGUACCGGUGCCAGCUGUCAGAUGGUGGCGUGCCAGACAUCGGUGACCAGUCUGCCCAGCGAGAAGGUUGCCGCAUAUGGAAGAUGCACAUCCUGAAGGGGACGGACGGGCUGGGAAUCCAGAUAACGGGAGGCAGAGGGUCGAAGCGGUCCCCUCACAGCAUCAUCAUCACCCACGUGGAGGAAGGCGGCUCUGCACACAGGGACGGCAGGCUGACGGCAGGCGAUGAGCUCCUCAUGAUCAACGGGCAGUCGCUGGUUGGGCUCUCCCAUCAGGAUGCUGUGGCUCUCCUUCGCUCGGCCGCUGGCCUCGUGCAGCUGGUGGUUGCUAGCAAGGAAUCUGCUGAAGGUGAUUUUCUGAAGUACCCAUCUACCAGUUUGCCAGACUUGCUUAGCACUUGCUCAGUCCAAGACUCUGUCUCUUGCACUGACAAUAAGGAAAAUGAAGAGCCAGAAGAAGAAGAUGUGAAGGGAGUGAAUGUGUCUCCUGAAACACUGGUUGCUGUGAUGGAAACUGAGAAGUCUCAAGAUCCUGCUUGUGCAGAAAUGUCCAAAGGAAACAACCAGAGUCCAACUCUGGGAAGUGGCAUACUGAAAUACAGAAGUCGAUCCCAAGGUGCUGGAUCCCGCUUGGAGUCCGUGGGAGAAGACGAUGAGCUGACAGUGGAAAACGGUGAAUCGAGUUACGAAAUAGCGGUGAAAUAUUCCCGGGGUGGAAGAAAGCACUCUUUGCCCCAGCAGCUGGAGUCAGCGGGAGCCAGGCAGGACUACCAUAUCAUGAAGAAAUACACCCGUUCCUUCAGUGCCGCCCAAGUGGAAUCUCCAUGGAGACUGACCCAGCCAUCCAUCAUUUCUAACAUCGUCCUGAUGAAAGGGCAAAGCAAGGGUCUUGGAUUCAGCAUUGUGGGAGGUCAGGAUUCUGCUCGGGGACGCAUGGGGAUUUUCGUGAAGACUAUAUUCCCAAAUGGAGCAGCAGCAGCUGAUGGAAGGCUUAAAGAAGGGGAUGAAAUCCUAGAAGUUAAUGGAGAGUCUCUACAAGGGCUGACCCAUCAGGAGGCCAUUCAGAGGUUUAAGCAACUCAAGAAAGGAGUGGUGACCCUGACGGUGCGCACACGGCUGCGCAGCCCGAACCUCACGCCCUGUGUGACUCCCACCUUGCUGAGCCGCUCCAGCUCCCCCAGCUCCAGCGCCAGCGGUGGCACGCCAGUCCCUGGCCCCGAUGAGGUGGACGGUUCCUCCUCCAGCCGCAAAGGACCCGGCCCAAAGGACAGGAUCGUCAUGGAUGUGACGCUCAAUAAAGAGCCAGGGGUUGGGCUCGGCAUUGGUGCCUGUUGUCUCACACUGGAAAACAGUUCUCCAGGAAUAUACAUUCACAGCCUGGCCCCGGGAUCAGUGGCUAAAAUGGAUGGCAGAUUAAGUCGGGGUGACCAGAUCCUGGAGGCAGAUUCAGUGAGCCUGCGUCAUGCAGCAUUAAGUGAAGCCUACGCCAUCCUGAGCGAAUGCGGUCCAGGUCCAGUCAGCCUUAUCAUUAGUCGGCAUCCUAACCCAAAGGUUUCUGAGCAGGAGAUGGAUGAAGCAAUCGCACGUACUACCCACAGAGAGAGCAAGGAUGCCAGCUCCUCUCACGUCACAGGAGCUGUACAAAAAAGUCCAUCUCCUAGUGUGAAGGCCAAACAAGGAGAGACCUCAUCUCCCCUCAGCUGGACUAUGAAACGCUUCCUGGAGCCAGCAAGCCGGGGAUCUGUCAGCUCCGAGGCAGAGCUUUCCCAGUACUUCUCGCACGACGGUACGAGCCAGCUCCCAUUUUCUGAUGCUGUAACGGGCUCCUGCAAUGAAGAGCAGCUCCGCCAGAAGAACAGAAACAGUUUGUUGGAUGAUGGCUCUCUUCUUCCUGGCAACCUCACUGCUAGAGAAGCAGGAGUGGCAAAAGCAAAUGGUCUGGCUUCUCCAGCUACUGGGAGAUUGUCCGGCCAUCACAACAAGCACGUGGAGUCUGUCCGACCCGGCAUCCUCAGCGACAGCCCCAAAUCUGCCCGCAGCCCCUUUCAUCGACAGAGGAGGGUUGUUUUCUACGAUGGUGACGUUAGUGAUGACGAUGAAAGUUCCCACUUGCAAAGAAGCCAGAGGGCCAAGAGUCAGGAGGACGCUGGCAUUGUCAUUACAACCUCGUCCGUAGAAAUCGAUGAUGAGAGCCAGGACAGUGAGUCACCUAGACACAGUGGCACGGAGACGUUUUCCCCUGUCUUCAGCAGCUCCGUGGAGUCUGCAGACAGCACACUGGAGCAAAUUGACUCUCCUUUCUUCCCCAUCAUAGCGUUUGAUUACUCAAGUGUGCCUGAAGCUCGUCUCAGCAGCCUGAGCCUGAAGGAGCUCCGGGAAGCACAACUCGAAUCUAAGAGGUCACCAAAACUUGAGCACAGAGCAGUCACGAGAGUGAAAAGCAUGAUGAGCACUGAGUGCCGAAGCCUUCAGAGACAGAGGACGGAAGAGCAUGGCUCUUACAGCAAGCCUGUUGCAAGGAUGCUCCCUCACAGCAAGAAGUGUGAAGCACCGGACGGGGCCAGGCAGGGCCAGGGUGAAAUAGUCACUCUGGUUCGCAAUGAGCACGAGUCGUUCGGCCUGGAUUUGGAAAUCCAGGCCAUGCCCUUAAAGGUUGUUGUCACAGGGCUGCGGCCAGGUGGAGCAGCAGAAAUGGGAUCAAUGGGCAAGAUGGCUGUAGGAGAUGAGAUUACCACCAUCAACAGUAUCCCAGUCAGUAAGAUGACGUACGAGGAAAUCUGCUUGCUUAUGCAGUGUCUUCCCACAUCCGUAACCCUGGAGAUCCAGAAAGCAGCAUCAGCUGUCAGCAGAUUUACAAACCUCAUCCUGUCUCCAGGGGUGGACAGUCAAAAUCAGGCCGAUGUCAACAGCAGCCUCGGAACUGAGGAAGAACCGAGCGCUGGGAAGCGAGAAGGAACAGGUUUCAGCCGCGCCGAGGACUGCGCUGCCAUCCCCGUCACCGAUAUCGAUGACUUGCUCAGCCAAAUGGGUGCUCCCGAGAGCAGGGCUUCGCGCACCCCGUCGCGAGCGGAAAGUCCCCUCCGAGAUGAGUACACCACGAUGUGCUGCUGUGGGACUGAUGAAGGCUGUCCCGGAUCUGAGCCACGACCAGCCAAGGAGGAGCUGCUGGAAAAAAAUAAGAAUUGUGGAGCUAAUGCACAAGGAGUUUUGGGGCUGUCUGUGUUGGACUCCAUUAACACAGGCAAACUUUUUACUGUGAAUAAAAACUCUUUAAAUAACUAUUCUAGAAAUUUUAGCAGUUUAAGUGAGGAUGAGUUGCCUGCAGCAAACUCUCUGGAAGGUAAGAGAAGUGACCCAUUUCCAAAGUCUAUGUAUGGGGCUGCAGAGGAUUCUCACUCGGACGCAGAGUCUGUCACGGAAACCUUUGACAGUGCUAAUGAGGUGUUGCUUGGGCUGUGCACUGCUGCUAAUGCCCCUGCAGUCUGUACUGUAACAGAGUCGGAUGAGGAGCAAAUUGAGAUUUGUUGCAUGAACAAUGAGCCGCAAAAGCCCACACAGGAGCAGCAUCUCCAAUCUGCAGCAAGCUCAUCCUCUCUGUCCCCACUGCACCCUUACGGCAGCAAAGUAGUGCAAACUGCUGAGGACUGUGCAAUGUGUGGGUCACUGGAGACAAGCAUCAAUAAAUUAGGCUUGGAAGAUCACGGUGGUCCCACUCCAUGUCCCUCACAGUGUUCAGAUGUGUCCUCUGCAUCCUUGUGUUCUCCUUCCUCAGUUUUCCUGCCAGAAAAAGACACCCUAAAGAAUUCGGUCAGUAUUCCUGAAGUUUACUCUUUCUGUAACAAUGGUGCCUUAAGUACAGAAGAACAGAUGGGUUUGGGGAACAGUAACGGACAUAUGAAAUGCUGUGAAUCCAUUGAAGAGGAAGGGUCUCUGCACUGCAAAAAGAUAAGCUUUUGCUCUGCUAGAAAUGUCAAUGGCUUGGAGAACAACUUGCUUGAGAAAGAAGGAUGUCAUGAUGAGCAGAGAUCCAAAUCUGAAAACGAAACGGUGGUUGAUGACUGUAAGCAUGCUAUUAGUUAUUGCUCAGUGACGAAAGAAACCAACGGUUUGUCCAACUUGUCUAAAACAGACAGCAAUCAUGUGAAUGCAUUGUCAUCAAAAGCAAUAUCACUCAGGUCCCCCCUUCCCACUAGAUCUAAAGAUCCAAAGGCUAAUACAACUCAUGACUUGCCAGGGAAAAAUGAGAAAAUUAACUCUGUGACUUCAGGAAGGACUUCAAAUGGAAAAGUCCAAAGCUCAGGCACAAAUCACUGCAAAGGAGCUGCAGUACCGCACAGCCCAUCCUCACAGAAAAAAUCCUGUCAGGAGUCUAAGGGAAUGGCACAAAAAAGUAUAAUGGACACCCUUUUAAAUAACCAGAAGGCCAAAGCAGGACCAAAGCUAAAAGGGUUCACCAUCAAAAGCAAAGCAAAGGCAAAUUCAGAUUCUUCUGGCAUUAAUCCUACCAAAGUCAGUGGAGCUGAUCAGAAAAGGAUUUCUGUUUCUCCACAGCUGUCCCCUAAACUCCUGGGGAAGAAAACACCAUUGUCCCGUAAUUCACCUACAAACCCAGAUCCUGGCAAGAGCAUUUCAGCAGCCUCAAGGACUCUGAAGUCAGAGCUAGAAAAUAAACCAUCACUGGUCAUUUCUGAAGAUUCACUUCUGCCUCUCCUGAAUGGCUCUGGCAGCCCAACAGCGAGCAGUGAAAUGAAGUGUGACUGUGGGGAGCUAACCCACCCGCAGCAGGCAUGGGGAAAGCCAAAAUAAAAGCAAGUUUCCAUGCAGCCUGCAGUAUGUCAGGGUAAGGGUGUUAAGGUGGAUGAUGUCAGAGCCAGAGACAGUCAGUCCAAAGUCACUUCAUCUCCUCAGGGGAUACCAAAAGUGGAAUAUGUGAAAGGGAAGACUGAGAACGCUGGAGCAGGUCUGAAUGCAAUCAAGAGCAUCUAUAGUGCAGGUGACCUUAGGCAAUUAGAUCUGCAAAACGUAGGACCAUCUGCUGGAGGCUCUUAUUCGUUGAGGUCCCCCUCUGUUCCACAGGAGCAGCUGGAAGGGCAGGAGAUCCAGCGCACUUUCAUUGAGGUGAAGCUUUCUUCCUCUUCCUCUUCCUCCUCUGCCUCUUCCUCACCAGCAUCACUUUUGCAGCUGCCAUUGCUGGCGAAAACAGAAGAGGCAAACACAGAAAUGUCUCGGCUGACUGAGGAUAUGCAGACCAUGCAGUAUUUCUCAAAAGGGGAUACAGCCAGAGACAGAAAUCUCUAUUGCUUGUCGAAACCUGUGACAAGAACUUACUCAAUGCCAGCCCAGUUAUCAGGUCACUUGAGGGAGGACUGCCAUGUUGCAGAGGUUCAUCCCAUGCAAGGCCCCCAGGGCCACGCUGCAGAGGAGAAAUACCCCCAGGUGGGGACGGGGAUGUUAAAGAUGGUCCAUCUCAACCUGCCGAAUGGCCAGAGUGGGAAGGAGCAGGCGUACACCUCCAAAAGCACCCAGAGGGGCCAUGACACAUUCCCCUCAGCCAGCGACAUUAGCUGCCCUGCCACCGAUAAGCUCAGGAGCUUCAGGAGGAAUUACUACUACUAUGAGCUGAACUGGCCGCAUGAACCUACCUCAUCCUUCUCUGUCAAACAGAGGAUCAAAUCCUUUGAAAACCUGGCAAAUUUCGACCGGCCCAUCGUGAAGGCCAUCGAUAUACACUCGGCUGCGAGAUCCCCCCUUGCCAGGAGGUCAUGCAGUGGCAUGGACGGCGCAGCCAGACACUCCGAACAUGCCCGGCGCAGCUGGAGCUCCUAUGGCGGCAGCCUGAGCCCGGCCAACGCCAUAGCCAAGUCUCCCACCAGCGCAGAGCCCAUGCAUGUGGCAGAUGGUGGCAAGGGGGACGGAAAGCCCCAGAGGAGCGAGGAGGGCGGUGCUGGGGCAGCCGCGGCUGCCUUUCCCCCCUCAGCCUCGCAGGCACGUCGCAGCCGGGGCCUGGGGCGGCCACCGCUGUCCCGCUCCAGGCUGCGGGAGCUGAGAGCGCUCAGCAUGCCCGACCUGGACAAGCUGUGUGGAGAGGGCUUCUCGGGGCCACCACAGCCCGCCUGCUUCAAGACGGAGCUGGAAAUCACACCCCGCCGAGCCCUCCGCGUACCUGCCCGGAGUGACACAGCCCCGCCAGCCCGCGGCGGCCCCACUGAGGUGGGUGCAAUGGGGAUGGGUGCCAGCAGCCCUCGGGACAGCGGCUCUGGGACACCGGGGUCUGCUUCGGAUGAUGACGUGCCCCGUGGCAGCUCUCCGGAUGGGGAGCGCUCGGAAAACAGCUGGUCCAUCAGCUUGGAUGAGCUGCUCGUCUCAAGCCUGGACCAGCAAAAACUGCAAUCUGUUUUGUCAGCAGUAGUACCAAAAUGUGAUGUUGCUGCUAUGCUCCAAGAAGUCAAAGCACAAGUAAAGAGCAAAGAAGACACAUACUUUGUAGUCUUGCACAAAGAAGAAGGAGCUGGCCUGGGAUUUAGUGUUGCUGGAGGAAUAGAUCUGGAACAGAAAUCAGUCACAGUCCACAGAGUGUUUUCAAAGGGAGUGGCCUCUCAAGAAGGGACUAUUCAUCGAGGAGAUCUUGUUCUGUCAAUAAAUGGCAAGUCUCUUGCAAGCUCAGUCCAUGGGGAUGUCCUGAACGCUCUUCAUCAGGCAAGACUCUACAAAUACGCGGUCAUUGUCAUCCAGAAGGAAAAAGACAAAGCAAACAACUCCUCCAGACUUGAGAUAUCAGCUACUGGCAGAAAAUGUGUGGGGUCUGGAAAGGAUGUUUCCAUGGAAAUAGGAACAGAUCCAAACCUGGAUAUGAAUGAUGUCAUCUGCGUUGAAUUAUUGAAAACCUCUGCUGGCUUGGGAUUCAGUCUUGAUGGUGGAAAAGCUUCCAUUGCUGGAGACAGGCCCUUGCUUGUAAAAAGAAUAUUUAAAGGUGGUGCUGCGGAGCAAUCUGGAAACAUAGAAACUGGAGAUGAAAUUCUUGCUGUGAGUGGAAAAUCAUUACUUGGCCUCAUGCAUUAUGAUGCCUGGAACAUUAUUAAAUCUGUGCCAGAGGGGCCUGUUCAGUUACUAAUCAGAAAACACAGAACUUCGGUAUGA